GCAUACGACGCAUGGGAGGCUGAAGAGCAUGCUCGCCUGGAGGAGUCCAAGCGGAAACAGUUGGCGGCCAGAAAGGGUCAGGGGGCGGGAGCUAAGGGCCGCACUGCCCCUGCUGGCCGGAGGAAGGCUGGGAAGAAGGUCGUGUCAGACGACGACAUUUCCAGUGGAGGUUCCGACUCCGAUUUCGAAUUAAAGCGCAAGCCUGCACCGGUUCAACGUGCAGCUGCCCAGCCGGGACCGAAGGCGUCGCUGGCAGACGCAAAGUUGCCGAAACCUCCUUCUGACGUUCCAGUGAUGAAGGCCACAGGAAAACCCCCGGCGGCUGCCAAGCCUGAUCCUGGUCCCGCUAUGGUUGAGCCGACUGCCCGGCCGCCUGGACGCAAGGCUGCCGCAGCUGGUAAUGCUCGCCGCAAGCAGGUCGUCGAGAGCGAUAGCGAUACGGACGCAGGUAACUCAGCAGAAUGGGAGGUCGACGAGAAGCUGGCGACUAAGCCGGGCCAGGCUGGAAAGGUACCCUCGGCAAAACCGGCCAAACCAGCGGCGACGGGGCGUGGCAGGAAGCCAAAGCCGCUGCCGGCCAGCUCGCAAGGCAGCGAGCAACCAAGCGUGGAUGACAGCCGCACUCAACCAGACCCUGAAGCGGCAGGGUUGGCUGCUCGCCUUGCAGGCCGCAUCCAGACCCAAUUGAACCUGGGGAAGCCACUGGGCGUAGGGGCCUCCAAGCCAACGGCAGCGAACCUUGUGGACGUGGACGAGGUCAACUCGCCGGCGCCAGGCUUGAAGACAAUACCCGGUGCUAAGACUGCCGCGCCAAAGGCUGUUGCUGCCAAAGGAGGGAGCAGGCAGACUGCUGCGACAGCUAAGCAGCCCGCCAAACGCAAAGGGGCUGCUGCCAAGAAGCCGGAGUCGGAGGAGGACAGCGAGGAUGCUGACACGAGUGACGAGGAGGCAACGUUUGAGCUGUCAGCUCCAUCACCAGCUGUGGCUCCCAAGGGCAAGAAGGGCCGUGUGGGGCCGUCGCCACUGGGAAUUAAAACUCUCGCACGCGCCACUGGAGGGGCAUCCGCCUGUUCUGGGCCCAUGGCGACCGUCCUAGAGGAGCGGCCGCAACGCGCCCGACGGGCUGCGGCGGCUAAGGCAACGUACAUCAUCAGCAGUAGCGAGGAUGACGAUGGCGAUAAGGACAGCGACUUUGAGGUUAUUUCCGACUGA